AUGAAGAGGAUAAGGCGCAUUGGCAGGAGGCCUGACCAGCAGCAGCAACAGCAGCAGCAGCAGAGGGAAGGCAAGCCCAUCGAAAGGAGACCGGAGCGGCGACCUCCUCGCGAGCGCCGAUUUGAUAAACCUGCUGAUGAGAAGGGCGAAGGAGGAGAAUUUUCCGUUGAUAAACCCAUUCUUGACCGACCUAUGGCGUGGACGUGGUGGGACUUGGAAGAGGACGUGGCCGUGGGCCGUGGCAUGGGCAGAGGAGAUGGGUUGGACUCUCGUGGCAAGCGUGAAUUUGACAGACAUAGUGGCAGCGAUAGAUCUUCUGUUUCACAUUCACAUUUCAGCGGCCUGAAGCAUGAGGACAAGCGUGGUGGCAGUGGAUCACACAACUGGGGAACCGUCAAAGAUGAGCUAACCGAGUUGGAUCAGUCGGCUGUAACUGGAACGCCAGAGGGAGAGGAACAUCCGCCUGCUGACUCGGAAAAUAAGGAGAAUGAGGUUGAAGAAGUUAAGGAGGAAGGUCCUAAGGAAAUGACCCUGGACGAAUGGAAAGCUAUUCAAAGUAAGGAUCGUGCAAAAGUUGAGUUCAACAUCCGUAAACCAAAUGAGGGUGCUGAUGGGCAAUGGAAAAAAGGAUUUGUUCUUCACAAGUCAAAGAGCGAGGAGACAAAGGCGAUGACAGAAAUGCAGGGGAGUCAGCUGGAGUCGAAUGAGGCUCAUGCUGAGGACUCUGUAAUGGAUCACCACUUCCGUAAGCCCGCUAACGACAUCACGUCCCAGCUGGAGAUCAACUUUGGAGACCUUGGCCGCCCCGGACGCGGUGGCCGAGGGGGACGGGGUGGCCGAGGGCGUGGUGGCAGGGCCAGCCGCGGAGGCAGGACUGACAAGUUGGUGAAGGAGUUUGACGUGAUCCACACGCCCAACCAGUCGAGUGCUUCUGCUCCUGAUGUAGAUGACCCAGAGGCUUUCCCAGCUCUGUCCUAAACUGGAUGUCAUAAGCCAACCCUGCCCUCGUCGGGCCUUCCUCUCCGAGGCUUGCAUGCUUAAGGAUCCUAAACAACUAAGAAAUUUAAAACAAAAAAAAAAAAAAAAGAAAAAAAGAGACUGUCAUUCAUACCAUUCACACCUAAAGACUGAAUUUUAUCUGUUUUGAAAAUGAACUUCUCUCGCUACACAGAAGCAACAAUAUGGUAGUCAGUUUUGUAUUUAGAAAUGUAAUGGUAGCAGGGAUGUUUUCAUAAUUUUUUCAGAGAUUAUGCAUUCUUCAUGGAUACUUUUUUGUAUUGCUGCUUGAAAAUAUGCGUUUCCAAACUUGAAAUAUAGGUGUGAACAGUGUGUACCAGUUAAAAGCUUUCACUUCAUUUGUGUUUUUUAAUUCAGGAUUUUAGACAUUUUCCCCCAAACUGCAAACUGGUUUUUAAUUAUUGCACACUAUUUCUGUUUCCUUAAUUCCUGCUCAGCAGGUUUUUACCAGCCCAUGGUCUUCUGGAAUACACGAACCUUUAAUUUGGCAGACUUAGUGCUGUACGGAGUGCUGACUCCUGGAGUACUUUAGUUUUAAGCUUAAUUUCCGACUUGGAGAAGCAGUCAUUUUCAUCUGUUCAGUAGUUUGUUUACGCAAAAUCUUUAUACAAAAUUGAUACCAGAUACUUGAAAAAUACUCAAAGCACAUUGGUUUAUAGUUGCAUACCUGUGUAUUGAUCCAGCGAUGAUGUGUGGAUAAUUGGUCUAAACAGUUUUUUAAAGCUAAUGUAUGACACCUUUCACCCACCCUUUUUACCUUUAUUCCCUCCUCCUUGUCCCUUCAACAGAACAAGAUGCUUUGUUGGCAAAAAGAAAAGAAGUUUUUAAAUUACCUCUGCUUUUUCUUUGGGAGAACACCCUGCAGAGUGACCUUUCCUGUCGUUUGGAGCUGGGAGGGAGGGAAGGUGGUAGCUGCUGCUCGGGUAGUCUGUCCGGACUACGGCUGGGCCGUGGGAUUAAGCAGCAGUGAGAAGUGCAUCAGCAUCUGAUGUGCUCGCAGCACUGCUCCCGCAGCGGCAGCUCUGAAGCAGCAGCAGCCACAGGACGAGGUUGUUGUGGCAGGAGGGAGUCCUGGCUUCUGUUUCAAGCAGGGACGUUGCAAUCUGUGUGUGAUACAAAAAAAAAAAAA